AAUAUCUUGGAGUUCUGGGAGACUACAAGGGCUCUCCUUUAUUGUCAUCGUACUUGGAUAUUUUGCUUGCCUCAUAUAAGGUUCUAAAACUUAAAGCAAUCCAAGUCACUGUGCCUCUUCCCAGGGAUCAACUACCUCCCUGUCUCAAAUCUCCCAUACUAGUGGUGGGGUGCAUCUCAACUUCCACCUUCUCCUCCUCCAUUGAUUGCAACAAAAUUCCAGGACUUGAAGGACUUUAUAGCCAUCUUUUUUAGAUCAUCAUGCAACUUGGGUCUGCUGCAUGAAUGAGGGACUCUAAGCUUACCAGUUGCUGCAAGAGGAGGUUGUACUUGAGGUCAUAAUUGGAUCUUUAAUUAAUUUCCUCCUUCAAUUGAUCCAAUGGACUUGAAUUCUGUGUAUGCCCAUAUUCAACAUGAUAUUUUAUGUUAUGACAGGUAAAAGAAGGAGAAGAAAAAGGUUGUUUUGACUUAUCCCUCUCCUUUACUACUACUACAAUGACAUUUGCUUUAAGAAAGUAUUGGAACAUAAAGCUACUCCUCUACUGCAUUCAGAUAUUCGUAGUCAUCAUUAAAGGAAGUCUUCCUCUUGCUUAAAAAACAAUAAAAAAAGUGAAAAUUCAUUGGGCGGGAAGCAAAUAAAGCUUGCGGACCGCCGCCACUCUUCUGCAUAUUAUGCGUCUCCUCGCACUGUUACGAAAAGAACCCUCGCGCUCUUCCCGUCCUCUCCUCUCCUGUCCUCUCCUCUCCGUGUCUCGAUCUCGAUCCUUUCGGUGCCCUUCCACUCGCAAGAAACCCUAACCCUAACUCAAGCCCACCCGAAUCUAGGGUUCCUCGAUCCGGGCUCGGAAUGGCGGACGCUUUCGAGGAUGAGGCGGAGCAGACGGUGACGAUCGACGAGUACAUCGAAGAGCUCGAGGCGGAGGAGCUGGAAGCCGAUCUGGUUCUGGGAGGCGAUGAGGGCAAGGAGUGCACGUAUCCGCGUGGGUACAUGAAGAGGCAGGCCAUAUUCUCGUGCUUGACGUGCGUUCCCGGUGGGACCGCUGGUGUCUGCACGGCGUGCAGUCUCUCCUGCCAUGACGGCCAUGAGGUUGUGGAACUGUGGACUAAAAGGAAGUUUUGCUGUGAUUGUGGCAACUCAAAGUUUGGAGGGGUUUUAUGCAAGCUUUGUCCUGAUAAAGAGACUGAAAACUCUGAGAAUUCUUACAACCAUAACUUCAGAGGUUCUUACUGCACAUGUGGUCGCCCUUAUCCUGAUCCAGAUGCAAAAGAGCAAAUUGAAAUGAUACAGUGUUGCAUAUGUGAAGACUGGUUUCAUGAGAAUCACCUAGGUCUCAACUCUUCUGAUGAGAUUCCAAGAGAUGAGGAUGGAGAACCUUUGUAUGAGGAUUUUAUCUGUCAACAGUGUGCCAUCACUUGUUCUUUCCUGAAACUUUAUCCUGCUUAUAUUUGGGCCACGUCAAAGCAAAAUAAUGCUCCUUCAGUAAGCAAUGCUGAGAAUGUGGUGGAUAAUGGAUCAUUGGAUUCUAGGUAUCCUGAUAAAAAUGAAGAUAACGUGCCUGUUGCUGAGAUUCUGGGACACUCUUCAAGCUCUGGCUCGAAGCCAGAAUCUGUGUCUACCAAGGAGGAAUCUGUUUGUGACGAAGGUACAGAAAUAAAUGUCAGUUCAGAGGAUACCAAACCAUGCCCUGAAAAUCAAGAAUUAAGUGCCAAAUGCAUUAUUGGUGUGGACAUUAACGUAUCUUCUGUUCUUUUGGAAAAGAUGGAACCCAUGUUUCUUUCAAAGAAAUGGAGAGAGCUUCUUUGCAAAUGUGGAACUUGUUACGAGUUCUAUACACGUAAUGGUAUAGAAUAUUUAACUGACAAGGAGGACACAAUUGAGGCAUAUGAGAAGAUGGCCAAGUCAAAGAGGGAGGAAAAGUUGAAGCAACAGGAAGGAGCUGAAUUGAACUUUCUCAAUACUUUGAAUCAUGUCCAAAAAAUAGAAAUCUUGAGUGGCAUUGCUGACAUGAAGAAUGAAUUUCGCACUUUUCUGGAAUCUUUUGAUCAGUCAAAGCCUGUUACAUCAGAGGAUAUAAAGGGAGUUUUUGAAAAUCUUGCCAAGAAAAAGAAACAGAGGUUAUCGUAAGUGUCUUUUUACGUCUAUGGGCAUCAUUUACAGUUAGCCUGGAGGUUUUGCCUUGAGCUAUGACAUGCUGGGCUUGUCUACCCUUGUAUCAUUUUAAGUCUUUCAGAAAUUCUACUGAAGAGGUCUAUAUGCUGUACUUCUAAUGGAUACAUGCUGGGCAUCUUUUAGCUACUCUUUGAUACUUUCAAGUAUAUUAUAUGAUCUAAUGAUCAGUUGCCUUGAUUA